AGUUUUUCAGUAUGAUCGUCCGUUCGGCGCUCUCUGGAUCUCGUUCGGCGCUCUCUGCGCUGGCGUUAUGGUCUAGUAUCUAGUAACAAUGUUACUCUAAUAUGAUGAUCUUGUUCAGCAAUAUAAUCAGCAGUAUCCUCCUCGUUUACCCUCCAUUGCAACGGUCUGAAACUCUAGUACUAAUUUUAUUUUUUCUUCCGUAUAGCUAG